GUUUUUCAGUGUUUCACCGUGUUCUUUUUCAGAAAGCAAAAUCUUUUCCCCCAAUUAUUCUGUAGUGUUCCUCUCCGGCGCUCCGCAACAAAGGGUUUCCCCGUUGGAAUCAGCCAUUGCAAAGACUUAAGAUCAAAACCGUGUCUUUCAAACAAGUGAUCUUUUUUUGUCGAAUAAGCUUCUUGCAGAUUUGAAGGAAGUUGAACUUUAAUCAUAAUGGUGGCUCCAUCUUCAGGCUCUACUUCGCUGAAGGACUACCUAAAAAAGUAUGAAAGUAACAAUGAAGAGGAAAAGAAGAAACAGAAGAAAAAGAAGAAGGUUAAACCUAAUGUCAAAGGAGGUGUCGUUGUGGUCGACGAAGAUCCUGUUUGGCAAAAGCCUGUAAAAAUUGAAGAUGAAGAGGAUGAGUCAGCUGACGAGGAGCUGCCUCAGGUAAAUGAAGAUAUUGAAGUUAAGCGCAUGAAAAGAUUGGAGCAGCUUAGAGCUAGACGUCCAUUUGGUUCCAUUUCAGAAGAUGGAAGUGGUUGGGUAUCUCUAUCAAGUACUUCUGAUAUUAUCCCUUCUGAUGACCAAAUUGCUGAUUUGUCCCCGCCACGGAAAAGACUUGGUCGAAAUGAUACACCCUCACCAGAACCUCAACUUAAGCAAUCAAGUUCUGCAGCUGAUUAUUUAUCACCGCCGCGUAAGCCAAGGGCUCGAAAUGAUACACCCUCUCCAGAAAGUGGGCGUAAGCGACCAAGAACUCAGGAGGGUGACCUGUCACCACCCCGCAAAGGUGAACCUCUGUUGAAGCCUUCAAGCGCAAGAGACGCUGAUAUGUCACCACCACGUAAACGGAGGGUUCGAAAUGAUACAUCUGAACUUGAAAUGAAGCCUUUGAGCACCAGAGAUGCUGAUAUUUCACCACCGCGUAGACGAAGGGCCCGGAAUGAUUCACCUGAAUCUGAUGUGAAGUCUUUCAGCACUAGAAAUACUGAUAUCUCACCCCCAAGGCGACGUAGGACUCGAAAUGACACCCCUUCACCAGAAGCUAAAGCCAAGCCUUCUGCUGAUUUGGCACCACCAAAACGGAGGCAAAAGUAUGGCCAAAGUCCUCCAGAUAUGUCUGAUAUUUCUCCUCCUCGGCGAGGUUCCCGUGCAUCAGACUCGGAUCUUUCUCCCCGAAGGAAGGCACGUCCAGAAACAUCUACUAUGAAGCAGGAGCUAAAGACCGGUUUGGUUAGUGGCAAAGAUAUUAAAGAAGAAAUUGCUAAGACAAAGAAGGAAGACUGGUUAAGGUUUAAAGAGAUGGAUCCGUUACUUAGUGGCCGAGGGGCUGAACCAGUAUAUCGGGAUAAAAUUACAGGGGAACGAAUGUCAAAGGAAGAGUUCCUGAAGUCCAAGAAGAAGAAGCAAGAGAAGGAGAAGCCAAAGGAAAUAAAACUGGAAUGGGGGAAGGGAUUGGCUCAAAAGCGUGAGUUGGAGGCUAGGCUUCAGGAACUAGAAAGCGAGAAGGAAAAGCCAUUUGCACGGAGCAGAGAUGAUCCAGAACUAGACAGUAUGCUGAAGGAAAGAGUUCGAUGGGGUGACCCAAUGGCACAUUUGGUUAAGAAAAAGCAAUUAGAACCAAAUCUGCCGGAUUUUGGGGCUAAUGACAAAAUGAAGGACUCAGGUUUUAUAAUCCCUCAGGAAAUACCUUCUCACAGUUGGAUAAAAAGAGGAUUGGAUGCGGCACCCAAUCGUUAUGGUAUAAGACCAGGGCGACACUGGGAUGGGGUUGACCGAAGUACAGGAUAUGAGAAGCAGUUGUUCAAGAGGACCAAUGAGAAACAAGCAACUGAAAGGGAAGCAUAUCUAUGGUCUGUGUCCGACAUGUGAUUUGUUCCAGUAUGUUUAUGUACAGACAGACAACAUGAGCAGUAGGAAUUUCCGACUUCCUUGCUGAGUAUUUUGAUUCCCACAAAUUGCCUCCAUGACGAGUUUGUUUCGAUUUGCGGAAAUUUCUUAGCUUUAACAUGGUGCCAUCAGUUUUGAAUAGUAGGAAUCUAGUCGUUGACUAAUUUGAUCGCAUGUUGCAGUAACAUUUUGUUUUCCAAACACACGCCAUUGAGGAAUCUUCCUUCCCAUACUGUGGAUUCUGAGUUGCAUCAUUUUCGUUGUCUCAACGAUUGUCACGGCUGAUGAUCAUGAAGUAAAAAACGUAAAAGAUAUGCUUGUAAUUUUCUGGAUGUUGUAUAAGAUUGUAAUGAAGGCAAAACAAAAGACAAUAGAAGGAUGUAAUGCUGGGUUUGUUGUAGAAGGAAUUGGAAAGGAAAAUUGUAAGUGUGGAAACUUUUGCAAUCUAUUUAUGAAAAUGGAAUGAGAUCCCCGGUCUCCUAUUAUCUUUCAAGA